CUCCUUCCCUGAGGGACGACCUGGGUAAUUAAUUGUUUAACCAACACACAGGGUCAAAGUCAAACACAAGCAGACUUCUGAUGUUCUCCCAUCCGUUAUCAAUGCCUCUAUGAUCCAUAAAGAAGCAUUUAUUAUGUUUUUCUCAUGUUUUCCUGCUGUGUAACACUUCUGUCUGACUGACAAGCACAACAAAUGAGGCAAUUAAACAGAUGAUUAUUAUCACAUUAGUAUCGACACGAUGACUGACAAUCAGCUUUGUCUUCACCAGCUCAGCAACUCUUUGUCUGAGUAGGAUGAGAGUUUUCUCUUACUGACAGAUAAAAGGACAAAUGGGUUGAGUUAGUCACUGAGAGACAGGUAGUGGAUGAAUGGACUGAAUGAUAAAUUAGGGACAUAUUGUGGCCGAGGCCUCGCCCUGAGGCUUCUCUCUCUCCCUCCUCUGCAAACAUCUAUCUUUUUAAAUUGAACAACUUUUUUCGUAUGGAGGAGGAGGAGGCGCCCUGGCGACACCUUGGACGAACCAGAUGGAUUGCUUCAAACCACAUAUCCCAUGAUCCCCGCCCUACGCGCGCGCCUGCGCACAGCGGCGCAGGGAGCUGUCCGCGUCAGUCGGUGCUGAAGUGUUUUCAUUGAAACAGCUUCUCCCUCCGGUCCAGCGAAACAGACGGGAGCGAUGGAGGAAGAGUUAAAAUGUCCCGUGUGCGGUUCUCUGUUCAAGGACCCCAUCCUGCUGCCGUGCUCCCACAAUGUCUGCCUGGCCUGCGCUCGGAACAUCACCGUCCAGACCCCGGACGGGGAGACCCCGGUGCAGAGCCGAGCCUCGGGCAGCUCUGACUACGACUACCUGGACAUGGACAAGAUGAGCCUGUACAGCGAGACGGACAGCGGCUACGGCUCCUACACGCCGUGCCAGCUCAAGUCUCCCAACGGAGUGCGGGUGUUUCCGCCGGCGAACCCGCACCGACACUGCUCGCUCACCUGCCCGCUGUGCCACCGGAGCGUUUCCCUGGACGAGCGGGGGCUCCGGGGCUUCUCUCGGAACCGGCUUCUGGAGUCCAUCGUGGCGCGGUACCAGCAGAACCGCGCCGCCUCCGCGUCCGCGCCCGCGUCCUCCUCCUCCACCGCGCCGAAGUGCCAGCUGUGCGACCGCAACCCGGUGGACGCGUCGGUGAUGUGCGAGCAGUGCGACGUCUUCUACUGCAACGCGUGUCAGCAGCGGUGUCACCCGUCGCGCGGUCCGCUGGCCAAGCACCGCCUGGUGCCGCCGCCGAGCCAGGCGGCAGGAGGAGGCGCGUCGAGCGGAGGAGGAAGCGGCGGCGGCGGCGGCGGCGGCGGCGGCAGCGGCGGGCAGCAGCCGCCCGCCACCGCCCGGAAACCGGCCACCUGCAUCGAUCACGAAGCGGAGAACUUCAGCAUGUACUGCUGCAGCUGCAAGACGCCGGUGUGCGUGAAGUGUCUGGAGGAGAGGAAACACGCCAACCACGACGUCAAACCGCUGGCCGUCAUGUGGAAGCAACACAAAUGCCAGCUCUCCCAGGCUCUGAACGGCGUGUCGGACAAGGCUAAAGAUGCCAAGGAGUUCCUGGUUCAGCUCAAAAACAUGCUGCAGCAGAUACAGGAGAGCGGCGUGGAGUUCGAAGCCUGCCUGGUGGCGCAGUGUGACGCUCUGAUCGAGGCGCUGACCCGGCAGAAAGCCAAGCUGCUCACCAAGGUCACCAAGGAGAAGGAGUACAAGCUGAAGGUGGUGCGGGACCAGAUCACCCACUGCACCAUGAAGCUACGUCAGACCACCGGCAUGAUGGAGUACUGCCUGGAGGUCCUUAAGGAGAAUGAUCCAAGUGGAUUCCUGCAGAUCUCAGACGCCCUGAUAAAGCGCGUUGCCUCGUCUCAGGACCAGUGGGUGAAAGGCGCCCUGGAGCCCAAGGUCGGCCCCGAGUUCGACCUCACGCUGAGCACCGACUCGCUGCUGCAGACCAUCCUGCAGCUGGACUUCUGCCAGGGCAAAGAGGCGCGGGAGAAUGCAUCAGUGAAACAAAUGCCAGCAGCAGACAGUGGUGAGGCUGAGAUGGAGACAGAGAGCCCAGGAGUGGAGUGCGGACCCUCGGUGCCGGCGGCUCCUCUCCUGCAGCUGGAGAAGUCCUGCACCAGGGACAACAGUGCCACCCUGGCCUGGAGGGUGAUUGCACCCCCUGGGAACCCCAUCGAGGGCUUCAUCCUGGAGCUGGACGAUGGGAAUGGAGGUCAAUACAGGGAGGUGUAUGUAGGGAAGGAGUCGGUGUGCACCGUGGACGGCCUGCACUUCAACAGCUCCUACAAUGCCAGGGUGAAAGCCUACAACACCAUCGGCGUGGGACCGUACAGCAAGACAGUCAUGCUCAAGACCUCCGAUGUGGCCUGGUUCACCUUUGACCCCUCCUCAGCUCACCGGGACAUUGUUUUGUCUAAUGAAAACCAGACGGUGACGUGUAACAGCUAUGACGACCGCGUGGUGCUGGGAACGGCUGCUUUCUCCAAGGGCAUCCAUUACUGGGAGGUCAGCAUCGAUCGCUAUGACAACCAUCCAGACCCCGCGUUCGGCGUGGCAAGGAUCAACACCAUGAAAGACAUGAUGCUGGGGAAGGACGACAAGGCCUGGGCCAUGUAUGUGGACAACAACCGCUCGUGGUUCAUGCACAACAACUCCCACACCAACAGGGCAGAGGGGGGCAUCGCCAAGGGCUCCACCGUCGGCGUCCUGCUGGACCUGAGCAAACACGCUCUGACGUUCUACAUCAACAAGAAGCAGCACGGGCCGACUGCCUUCGAGAACCUGGACGGGGUGUUUGUUCCGGCUGUGAGCCUCAACAGGAACGUACAGGUGACCUUGCUGACGGGUCUGGAGGUGCCAAAGACUAUCAAGCAGUAGGAGCUGAGUUCACGCCACCAGUGUCAUAUGCAGCCUCGGUUCGCUCCCACGUGGACCUGGGACACCGCUCAGCGACCCUUUACUUUGAACCCAGCUGACGUGAGGCCCUGAAACAUCGCUUGGGACGAGGGAAUCGACCUGAGUUCGUAUUGGUUAUAAAUACAAUAUGUGUGGAUGUCACUGUGGAUUGCCCUACUUUCUUUCUAUGUGUGAACUUCAACUUUUUAAUCCAUCUUCGUUGUUCCUGCCUGAAAAAGCUCUUCGUUGCCCGAGGCCAAACUUAUCUAAAUGAAAACAACAACGGGACGACAACAUCUGUUCUGAAGUCAUGCAGACUGAUUAGUAAAUUCCAGCGCCAUCUUUGAAAGUCUGCAGCAGCGCUGCGUUUGUAGGAGGCGGACGACGUGAGAGAGGGAUGACUGAGCAGUGAUUAGUGAUGCUGCGCUUCGCUCUCAGGUGUUUACUGCUUGGAAGCUGAAGCUGGAUGAGGAGAGCGUUUGCAGGUUGUUUUGCUCAUGAAAUAUUUAAAGGCUAAACUUUCCCUGCACACUUUUAUCCCAGCUGUGACUCCAGCAGCUUCUGCCUCCUCAGUUUUUUCCCUCAUUUCUUAUCCGUGGACAGGACGGUGACAGCCAUCUUUAGUCCACUCCUGUCCUGGUGACCAGCUCGUUCUCAUUGAGGUGACACUGAGGCGUGGUUUAGUGGCGCUGAGUCCCAAAGGAUAAACCUUGACUCUGUUUCAUUUUUCAGUAAGAUUAAGUGGUUUAAGAGACAAUUUAGAAACACUCAUUUGAAAGACAAACCACUCAUAUCUCCAUCAUAUGUUAAAUUUGGAGCCACAGCCAGAAGCCAGUUAGUAUAAAUUACAGAAAGCACAGGGGGAACUGCUUUCGCUCCUCUGCAGCUUAAAACACGACCCGGACGUGUUAAUUAUUGAGGUGUAGCGGUGCUAAAACACCAACCGGCAGAUGGCUCUGGCUUCCUUCAGAGAUGAAAGUGGCAUCAGGCUUUUCAUCUCAGCUCUGUGCAACAAUGUGGCUGAAUAUAUUCAAGGAAAAGUCGGAGCUGCAGACUGGAACCUUCCUAAACAUGUAGACAUGUAGAAUUUCAGACUAUUUAAGAUUAUUGGAAGAUUCUUCAAUACAAGCCAAAUCAUCCUUUUACUUUGUUUUAAGACCAAUAGCUACUAGAAUUACUAUUUCACACCAGACUGUCAAAAGCGAGGCGCGGUUGAAAACCCCCACCUUGGACUGGUUGUACUGAAAAUAAUGUUGAAAGUCCGGUCAGGUAAACAUUUGCUGCUACACGUCUCAGCCUGGACAGGACGGUAGAUCCGACUCCAACCACACCACUGUGACUACGGCUACACAGCAAGAUGUUUUAACAGACCCCAGCUCCAGUGAACCUUGGGGUUUGUCCAUGUGUAUAUGUCAUCAUGUAAUGCAGCAGAAAAGGAGGAGUUGAUUUUGAAAUCAAUUUAAAGGUAUUUACUCCUGGAUUUUAUUACAAUAUUAAUAUAUUUAUAUUUCCUGUAAUUACAGAGUGUGUGUGUGCUAAAGAAGUCAUACCUGCCAUACAAGGGAUACGUGUGAAUGGAGGUCCCACAGCUGUAAAUACUGAUGUGAGUGUUUAUGACGCGUGCUAACGAGCAUGGAAUAAUUAUGAACCAAGUUUACAAAAUAUCUGAAGCUGUACUGUAAAUAGAGUGUGCUCUUGUCUGCUGUGAGUGACGGCAAACUAACUCGGCGCGCCCCCUGCUGGUCGAUGGCGUUAACAACAGGAUCCUUUAACCCUGUUACGCUUCGGAACCUUUAAUUGCGGAAGUGUUACGUCACUUGUUUUAUUUUUAAUCAUCUGCUAUUACCUGACAUUUAAUCAGGGACACAAAACGACUGCAUACUGUAUGACUGAAGGCAUUAUUGGUAGAUAUGUGGCUCAAAUCAGAUUUAUAUGGCAGCAAACUCGUAUUUAGCACCUUUUCCACUUUUGACCACAAUCCUGCAUGGGUGUAAAAUCCAGGCCGUAGUCAGUUUCUUUGACCCAGAAACUCAACAUUUAUCUGCCUGCGGGUUUUAAAUAGUUUUGACUGCCAGCUCCCACCUAAGGGCUACGCUCGAUUCACGUGAAGCUCUCUGGCUGCUGUACUGUGACCCUGCUCCCACCUCAGAGGAAGAACCUGCCCCGAGGGCGACUUUGCUGUAGCCACAAAUAGAGUCUGAGCCCACAGGCAAAGGCAGGCAUCUGUUACAUAACUGGGGGAACGGCCCUUUCCUCCCCUAAAAGUCUGGAUGCGUUGAGGUCACGUCCGCUUGUCAAAGCGUGACUGGACGGCGAGGAGGCACUUGGAAGGAAAUCUGUUAAAAUCUACAUCCAACAACACUUUAUGUGGCAAACAUGGAAAUACUGAAGGUGAAUGACACUGUAGUCAAUCCUGUGUAGACGUGAUAUUGUACGGCAUGUCCUUUACCCCACGAUGAUCCACUCAUGAAUGUGACUUAACGAUACGGUGCUGAGAUAAACGCAUGUCACUGAUCCUGUGUUUAGCAGCAGGUGAAACAGUACUCUUUAUUUAACCACUCUAUAAUUAUGAAAACGUGUUAAUUUACAUACUUGUCUUUGCCCUCUUCUGUUUGUUCACAAACAGAUGAAUGCGUUACAAAAAUUAUUCAACAGAUUCAGUUACAGCUGAUGUGUGAUGAGCGCUGCAUUUCAUUUAAACACUGUAUGAGUAACAGAAAAAUAUGCUGCUUCAAGAAAAUGGUGUGAGAAUUUGUGACCUCACCCAGACGCUCACUGCCAGAUCACAGGUCGUGUUGUCAUCAGCGCUGCACGUUGAUAUUUAAGUUUUCCUCUUCAAACAGAUGUUCGGAUGCUUGUGUUUGUUAAUGUUUACAUGCAGAACGUCACUUUUCAGCUCCAGGAAGCAAUUUAUGAUUUAAAAGGGAAAACAGUCUGCACUAGUCAGAUUGUUCUACUUUCUCAUGUUCCAUUUAAAGUGUUUACAUGUAUUUGCCUUCAUGAACACUUCAUGCCAGGACUUUAAUGUGUGUACAUUGUUUUAUAUAAGACCUCCCCCGCUCCAUCUGUCCUGUUAUGAUCCCAUCCCUCCCGGCCAGUGUAAAUGUUUUGUAUGACUCCAUGGUUUGUAUAUCAGAAAUAUGCAUUGUAACUUCAUUUUAAAACCUUUGCAGUUUAAAACAUGAGAAACACAAAUGUCUUUUUGGGUAAUUUAUAAAAAGAAAAUAAAUAAACUGUGAUGAAGUAUGAGA